AGGGCCGAAGAGCACAGGGGAAUUAAUUAUUUUCUUAUAUUUUUCUAGCUGGAGAAAUAGUACAGAGCGUCUUCACAGGAAAAUGGGACCUAAGACACCAAAAGCUUCAGGAAGAACCCGAUCAAUGUGAAGACAACCUUAAUGUAGCUUCUGCAGGGCUGGAAAUACAGCAACAGAAACUCCAACAUGUUCUCCCUGCAGGCAUAGGCUCACAGAAUGCCACAUCUGGAAAACAAGAAAGCGUAAGACAGAAGCUGCAAGAACCUUCCCACCACAGCGACGGCAUACAAAUUAUCCCUGGAGGGCAACAGAAUACAAGACAACACAUGCUCCACGACGUUCCCCUUGCAGGCGAAGGCCCACAGAAUGCCACAUCUGGAAAACAACAAAGUGUAAGACAGAAGCAGCAAGAACCUUCCCACCACAGUGACGGCAUACAAAUUAUCCCUGGAGGGCAACAAAAUACAAGACAACAACACAAACUCCAAGACGUUCCCAGUCAUAGCCAAGACAAGCAGGAAUAUCCCUUUUCUAGCAUGAACCCUUAUGCUGGUCUUGUGGAUUGCUUGCGUGCUACCUGGCUAACAGGAAAGACACGUCCUAUGGAGUAUCGGAAAGAGCAGCUGGAGGGGCUGAGUCGCUUCGUGGAGGAGAGGAAGACAGACAUCCUGCACGCCCUGCAUGAAGACCUACGCAAACCUGUUUUUGAGUCAGAGCUCUCUGAGAUUUCUAUCGUGCAGAAUGAGGUGAACAAUGCCCUCAACAACCUGAGCUAUUGGAUGAAGGAUGAAUCCGUGUCCAAGAACAUGGCCACCACAAUGGACUGUGCCUUCAUCCGCAAGGACCCCUUCGGUGUUGUGCUCAUCAUUUCAACCUAUAACUACCCCAUCAACCUCUCCUUGGUGCCUCUGGUGGGGGCCAUUGCAGCUGGGAAUUGUGUGAUUCUCAAACCUUCAGAGCUAAGUACCUGCACAGAGAGGCUUCUCGCUGACGCACUGCCUUGCUAUCUUGAUCCGGAAACUUUUGCUGUGGUAACAGGUGGCCCUGAAGAGACAACUAAAUUGCUGGAGAACAAAUUUGAUUACAUCUUUUUUACAGGGAGUCCCCGUGUGGGAAAGAUCAUCAUGUGUGCAGCCACCCAAAACCUGACACCGCUGACUCUGGAACUAGGGGGCAAAAAUCCUUGCUAUGUGGACCAGUGCUGCAGUUUCCAGAAUGCUGCCAACCGGAUAGUAUGGGGAAAGUUUUUCAAUGCUGGCCAAACUUGCAUUGCACCAGACUACGUGAUCUGUACCAUUGAAACACAGGAGAGGCUCAUGCCCUGCCUGCGCCAGGCCAUCCGUGAGUUCUACGGCUGCAACCCCAGAGAUUCUCCUGACUUCGGGCGCAUGAUCAACGACAAGGAAUUUCAGCGUGUCCGAGCCUUGCUGGAGUGUGGUCGGGUGGCCAUCGGUGGAGAGACAGAUGAGUGUGAUCGUUACAUUGCCCCAACAGUGUUGGCUGAUGUAAAGGAAUGGGAGCCUGUCAUGCAAGAGGAGAUCUUUGGGCCCAUCUUGCCUAUUAUCACUGUGGAUGACGUACACGAGGCCAUCCGAUUCAUAAACUGCAGGGACCGCCCACUGGCCGUCUAUGCCUUCUCCUGUAAUUGCAAGGUUGUGAACCAUGUAUUGGCUUGUACCAGCAGUGGUGGCUUUUGUGGCAAUGAUACCUUGAUGCACACAGUACUGCCCUCUCUACCAUUUGGUGGCAUUGGAUGCAGUGGCUUUGGCAAAUACCACGGCAAGUUCAGCUUUGACACCUUCACUCACCAUCGUGGCUGCCUAUCACGCUUCAUCGGCCUGGAGGUCCUCAACACCAUCCGCUACCCACCCUAUGCUGAGCGCAACCUGGGGCGGCUCCUGUCUGCUCUUGAGGUCAAGCGCAAGGGCAUGUGCUCACUGAUGUGAGCCUUUUGCCUUGCGCAGGCCUCUUGUGGUCCAGGAGCAGCUAUGAAGAGCAGACCUGCUGAGGAGGAGGCUUGUUUCUUCAUGUGUUGACCCUGGGAUCUUGACACACCUCUUAGAAAGCCCUUCAAAGAAUUCUUCCUUCUGAAAAAGAUGUGCUUCAUAAUUUUAGUUCCUCACCCCAUGUCUUGCUCUCUUUACCAUAAACCAUGACAGUACUCACCUAUGCUGAAAAUUUAGAUCAAAAGCAGGGAAUGUGUGGCCAUCUAACUGUUAAUGAAUGUGUUCCCAUCAUCCUUCAGCACUGGCUGUUCUGCCUGGGGAUGAGGGUUACUGGGGUCCAGUAACAUAUGGAUGGACACAUGUUCCUCUGCUGUGAUUGGGUAGUUUUAUCAGAACAAUUUUGUGUUGCUCUGUAACUCUUUGCCAAGAGGUUGGCUGCAGAACACACACACACUGUUCCUACACUUAGAACCACCUACUUUAAUUUAACUGAACAUGUGGCUUCUACCCAGAGCUUAAUUACCCUCUUAACAGUUUUAUGAAGCGAAUUCUGAUUUUAUGUCCAUGAGCACUAUACUUUUGUAGUUUUAGAAUAUUUUUGUAAAGACUGAUUAAAAGUGCUCUACCUGUACACUAGAGUGAUCUCCCUCAUCAGUGCAAGAAAUGCAGGGUACUGAAUGGACUCUAAAGAGUGAUGAAACUAUUCUUGGCUGAAUAUACUGAGGUUAAACCAAUUCAAAAAACAUACCUAUAUCAAAUAACAUACAAUUUAUCAGUGAUGCAGUUGACCUGUCUCUCCAACAUGCCCUUUUUAGCAAAUAGCAAUUCUUCCAACAUCAGCUUCUGUACAGUAGUCAUAUUCUUAACUCCAUACGCAAGGGCAGUUCUUUGAUCUGAAAAGGUGGGAUGAGAUGUCCCCCUACGUGGAUCAUGCAUUGCUAGAUUCCUUGACAUAACAAUAAUCUCUACACUAUGCAAUCUUAGUUGUGUUUACUCAGAAGUAAGUCCUAUCAAUUCAAAGGGGGUUUCUAGCAAUUUGUUAAGAUUGCUGACUUACUGACAUUUCCUGUGCAAUCCUGUGUUUUGCCAGUCAGUGUUUUCCUUCUGUAAUAAAGAUCUUGCAUUAUA